AUGCAGCUCCGUAUCUUCCGUGCACCACGGGAGAACGAAGAGGACCUUCGUCCUUUCGUGGACUAUCUCGUGCAAUUGCGGGAGAGUGUGAAAGGGUAUCUCUUCGAUGAAUUGCCAUUGGAGAGCACAUCGAAGGUCGAGAGGGACUUUCGUGCAACAACCGUGUGUCCCUUCUGUCAUGUGAAACUGGAGAACGACAAGGUACGUCAUCAUGCACAUGUGGCAGCCGGGCAAUACAUCUGCACCUGUUGUACCAAGUGCAAUCUCCAACUCUCAUUCAACAAGAAGAACUAUCGUCUGCCAGUUUACUUCCACAAUGGAUCGCACUACGACUUCACAUUCAUCAUGAAGCUCAUCGCGACGAUGCCUGGCGGGAAUCUCGAAGUCAUUCCAACCACUGAAGACAAGGAGAUGCAGAUCGAGUACAACGGCAUUCAAUUCAAGGACUCGUUGAAGCUCAUCAGCAGUCCACUGCGUUCCAUUGUGGCUCAGACACUCGGAGGCAACCUCGAUUUGUACGUGCACACCAAACAACAACUACGCAAGUACUGCGAGUCACGUGGCAAGCAAUGGAGUGAUGAAUACAUCGAUCUGUUGACACGGAAAGAACCAAUGUUCUACAGUCUCAUCAAAUCGUACGACACAUUGAACAACACCGUCAUUCCUUCUCGCAAACAAUGCAUCGAUGAUAUGAAGGGUGAGAUGAUGCCCCAAGACGAAUAUGAUCACAUGGUGAAGCUGUGGAAGACCUUCGAUAUCAAGACAUGGGGUGAAUACUACGAGUUGUACAACGUACUCGAUGUGACUCUCAUGGCUGAUGCAUUCGAGCACUUCCGAGUUACCACACUGAAUGCAUUCGGUGUUGAUCCGAUGCACUACAUCACAGCACCACAAAUGGCCUAUUCGCUCUUCUUAAAGAGUAGCCUCAUGACCCUCGCAAGGAAAUGGGCUCAGUACAUCAUGCGCAUCAACGCGAAUGAGGGACUUGAGGAGAAACAACUGGUGAAAGUGUUCUUGAAUCGCAUGGGUGAGUUCUAUGAAAGCAAGGGAAUUCGAUUGAUGGAGACGAGUGAGAUCGACGACUUCAUGCGAUUGUUGAAGAACCUGCGAGGAGGCAUCACACAGAUCGUGAAACGACAUGCCAAAGUCGACCUUGACAGCACCGCCAACAACGGAGAACAAUCAUCCAUCUACUACCUCGACGCCAACAACCUGUAUGGUGGAGCCAUGCACAGAAUGAUGCCUUACGAAUUAGUGGGUGUACCCGAACGACGAGAAAUAAUGGAAAGGAUCAACCGUGAUCCGAAUGGGUGGGUACAAUCACUCAAGACAUUCGGUAAGUAUGGGUUCUUCAUCGAAUGCGAUAUCGAGGCACCAGUGGAACUCCAUGAUAAAUUCAAUGACUUGCCAUUCUUCCCCGUACAGAAGGCGGGCAUGUACUCAGACGGAAUCAAGAAGUACGCAGCGAAGAACGAUAUUGUGGACAAGGUGAAAGAGGUGAAUACACCGAAACUCAUUUGUGAUCUUGUACCUCGACGCAAAUAUCUCGUACACUACUCUCUGUUGCAAUUGGGUCUUCAACAGGGUUAUCACGUCACGCACAUCCACCGUAUCAUCCGUUUCAAACAAGCACCCUUCAUCUUCGAAUACGUCAAUAUGCUCAGUGAAAAACGAGCCAAAUCAAAAACCACCGUAGAAAAGAACCUGUACAAAUUAUUAGCAAACUCGACCUAUGGAAAAUUCGUGGAGACUGGGUUGAAGCGAAUGAAGGUAAAGUUCGCUAGCACGUGGAAUGAACGUGAGGCCAUCAUCCAGAAGCACGGAUACGACAUGAUCGCAGGAACCACCAUGUAUUCCGAGAAUCUCAUCGGCAUUAAGCUGAACACACCGGUGCGCAAGGUAGAGAAGCCUUUCUUCAUCGGGUUCGCUAUUCUCGACAUGUCGAAGCACAUUAUCUACGACUUCUAUUACAAUGUGCUCAAGACCACAUUCGACACCGUGGAGCUGUUGGGACAGGACACGGACUCACUCAUCGUACAACUGAGCGAUCGUGGUAACAUCGUUCACAAGAUGUGCGAUAUGUACAAGUCGUUUGACUUUUCUGAGUUGGAUAACACGAGCUACUUCUACGGAGAACUCGUAAAAUACUACGAGCAUGAAGUGGACAAGAGCAAGUUCCCUUCAUUGGACUCGUUCCUCAAUUUCAACAAGAAGUUGCCUGGUCCUAUCUUCAAGGACGAGCACAACGGACAUCGUAUCACUGAGUUCGUGGGACUUAGACCAAAGAUGUACUGCUUGGUCGAUGAGAAGCAUGUGAUACACAAUGCAGCAAAGGGAGUUCCUCGCAACGUCGUGAUUGACGGUGAGAGAAUGAGCGUGAAGAACAUCGAGCUGUACAAGCGCGUCCUUGAAGCAGAGAAGAAAGAAGAUGCAGUGAUCGAGGGCAGCUUCAAGCGCAUCAACAACCAGGCCUUCAAUAUCAGCACGAAGGAGCAGACCAAGACACUUAUGACUUGCACAGACAACAAACGUUGGAUCUUGGACGACAAUGUGCACACACUGGCAUUCGGGCAUUAUAAACUGAAGUAA